GGGGCUGGCCCCUCCGGGUGGAGCAAGCACCGGCCGCCCCCCAGUGCGCCGGUGCCUCCCUGGGCGCUGAGUGCGCAGGCGCCAGCUGCUGGCACGGACCGAAACCGGGCUCGAGCGCGGUCGGAGCGCGCGGCGGCAGCUGCGGCGGCAGCGCUGGACCUACACGAACCCUGACUGACUGACCGACGGAGCCUCGAGUCUCGGAGGCAACGGGACUAACGCCCGCCUAGGGGCCCGCUUGCCAUGUGGCCCGGCACCUGCUGAGCCUGGAGCACUCGAGGAUGUCCGCGCUGAGGAAGGCAUUCAAAAGCAAGGGCCUCCAUGACGUCACAGUGGCCACGGCUUCUGUUUGGUUGUGGAUGUGGCUGAGGCCUCUAGUUCAGCUGACUCAUGUGGACAAGAAGGUGGAACCCCCAGCAAACUUGGCUUUCCCACCUCCUGCGGCUUGGCCAUAAGCCUGCCUGGUUUCCCAGCAGCUGCUGUGACUGCCUGCCUUCCUUCGGCAACAUGGGGACAGCUCAGGUUUUGCCGGGUAUCCUGCAGAAGCACUGCUGCAUCUUACCUGACAGGAAUACAGAGUCCCAGUGCACUCUCUGCGGGGAACCGGAAGAAGAAGAGGGCGGGGACCUGGCCCAACCGGGCAUCAGCUUUCCAGGGCCAGCAGAGGAGGACCUAGACCCGCACUACUCAUGGUCACCGCCGCCACCCUUCAAUGAAGAGAGAUACUCCCCAGCGCCCCGGAACAUGAAGGGCCUGGCCAGCCGGAGCCCCCCGCAGCUGUGCUCUGCACACACAUGCGGCCUGGCUCCCCCAGAGGACUGUGAGCUGGCCCACGAACUGCUGCACCACGGCUCCGAGCCACGGCAGCCCUACCUACUGAGCCCCACUGAGGGCUGCCCGCUGGAGCACCGUUGUUCGCCGCGUGGCUCGGUGCACUCUGAGUGCGUGGUGAUGCCCGUGGUGCUGGGCGACCCCGUGUCCAGCAGCACCUUCCCACGAAUGCACUAUAGCUCCCAUUAUGAUGGCCGGGAUGACGCUGUGGCCCACAGUGGCCCCAAGAUCAACCGCAUCCCUGCAAACCUUCUGGACCAGUUUGAAAAGCAGCUGCCGCUGCACCGGGAUGGUUUCCACACGCUGCAGUACCAGAGGACAUCAGCCGCCAAUGAGCAGCGCAGCGAGAGCCCUGGCCGCAUCCGGCACCUGGUGCACUCGGUGCAGAAGCUCUUCACCAAGUCACAUUCACUGGAGGGGUCUUCCAAGGGCCAUGUCAAUGGCACCAAGGGAGACAACCGGUCUGAGGACCACCACCACGGUCACCAUGCCAAGCACAGCAAGAGGAGCAAGAGCAAGGAGCGCAGGCCAGAGAGCAAGCACCGCUCUGGCCUGAGCAGCUGGUGGAGCUCUGAUGACAACCUGGACAGCGACAGCACCUACCGGACAUCCAGCGUGGCUGCCCGGCACCACAGUGACCACAUGGCCCACUGCUAUCCGGAGCCGCUGCCAGGGCCCUUUGGGGAGCUCUCACUCAAAUCAUCCAAGAGCAACAGUGACAUGAAGUGCUCAGCGUGUGAAAGCCUAGCCCUGACGCCCGACCCCAAGUAUAUGAAGCGCAGCUCCUGGUCCACGCUGACUGUUAGCCAGGCCAAGGAGGCCUACCGCAAGAGCUCACUGAACCUGGACAAGCCCCUGCUCCAUCCCGACCUCAAGCCCUCCCUAAGGCCAUGCCACUACCUCCAGGUGCCACAAGAUGAGUGGGGAGGGUACCCCACUGGUGGCAAGGAGGAGGAGAUCCCCUGCAGGAGGAUGAGGAGUGGGAGCUACAUUAAAGCCAUGGGGGAUGAAGAGAGUGGGGAGUCGGACUCCAGCCCCAAAACUUCCCCCCCGGUGGCCCUCCGACCAGAGCCCCUGCUUAAGUCUGUGGGGCAGAGACCAAUCGGGGACCUCCAAACCGAGAGCUACCUGCAAGCAGCCAGCAGUGUGCCUGGAGGCCACAGCCUUGACCCAUCUGCCAACUACAAUUCCCCAAAAUUCCGCUCCCGGAACCAGAGUUACAUGCGAGCUGUGAGCACUCUGAGCCAAGCCAGCUGUGUGAGCCAGAUGAGUGAAGCAGAGAUGAAUGGCCAGUUCGAGUCUGUGUGUGAGUCUGUCUUCAGUGAAGUGGAGUCUCAGGCCAUGGAUGCCCUGGACCUCCCCGGGUGCUUUCGGACCAGGAGUCACAGUUACCUUCGAGCCAUCCAAGCUGGUUACUCCCAAGACGAUGAAUGUAUCCCUGUGAUGACACCCUCCAACAUCACCUCAACCAUCAGAUCAACCACAGCAGUCUCAUACUCAAACUAUAAGAAAACCCCACCCCCAGUUCCCCCUCGGACCACGUCCAAGCCUCUGAUCUCAGUGACAGCACAGAGCAGCACAGAAUCCACACAGGACGCCUACCAGGAGGGUCGUGUCCCAAGGAUGGCCCCCUGGACCCAGGAUGGACGCAGCCUCUACAACUCCACUGACAGCUUGGACAGCAGCAAAGCCAUGAGCCUGGCCCUGGAGACGGCUGCGGCCCAGCGCCAUACUGCUGAGGGCCAGGGAGGCUCAGCACGCACUGGGGACAAAGCCAUCCUGACAUCCAAGGCUGAGGCCUUCCUGCAGAGCCGGCGCUCCUCCGUGGGCAUCCAGGACUCUGAGUUCCCAGAGCAUCAGCCCUACCCAAGGUCAGAUGUGGAAACAGCUACUGAUUCUGACACGGAGAGCCGGGGCCUACGGGAAUACCACUCGGUUGGCGUGCAAGUGGAAGAUGAAAAGCGACACGGGCGUUUCAAGCGUUCCAACAGCGUGACAGCCGCUGUACAGGCAGACCUGGAGCUGGAGGGCUUCCCAAUUGCCACAGAGGACAAGGGCCUACAGUUUGGCUCAUCAUUCCAGCGGCACUCGGAGCCCAGCACACCUACCCAGUAUGGAGCACUGCGGACUGUGCGCACCCAGGGCCUCUUCAGCUACCGGGAGGACUACCGCAUGCCUGCCGACCCUGCUAACCUACCCCCACCUGAACCCUGGCUGGAGCCAGCCCUGGAUGCAGGGGAUACGGGCAGGAUGUCCCCAGGCCGCAGGGAUGGUGCCUGGUUCCUGAAACUGCUGCACACAGAGACCAAGAGAAUGGAGGGCUGGUGCAAGGAGAUGGAGCGAGAUGCUGAGGAGCACGACCUCACUGAGGAGAUUCUUGGUAAAAUCAGAAGUGCUGUUGGCAGUGCCCAGCUUCUUAUGUCCCAGAAAUUCCAGCAGUUUUACUGGCUUUGCCAACAGAAUAUGGACCCCAGCGCCAUGCCCAGGCCCACCUCCCAGGACCUAGCUGGCUACUGGGACAUGCUGCAGCUGUCCGUUGAGGAUGUGAGCAUGAAGUUUGAUGAGCUACACCAGCUGAAGCUGAACGACUGGAAGAUCAUCGAGUCCCCAGAAAGAAAGGAAGAAAGAAAGGUUCCCCCUCCGAUACCAAAGAAGCCACCGAAAGGGAAAUUUCCGAUCACGAGAGAAAAAUCCCUGGACCUUCCUGACAGACAGCGACAGGAAGCCCGGAGGCGGCUGAUGGCCGCCAAGAGGGCCGCCUCCUUCCGGCAGAAUUCAGCCACGGAGCGUGCAGACAGCAUCGAGAUCUAUAUCCCUGAGGCCCAGACACGCCUCUGAGGACCACCUGCCCCUCUUUGUUCCUUCCAGCAAGUGUGUGUCCAGGUAAUCCCCCAGUCACUUCCGUCUGUCCUCACCAAGCCCUCCCUUCCUGUCCAGUUCCUGUGCCAUAACAUGGAGGAGGCCUGUGAUCCCCACCGCUGGCUGAGUUCAUGGCCAAAGGACCCUUCACUGGAUGGUCUGACUUCCAACCAGUGACAGUGACAACAGAGACACGGGAGUGCCAGACUCAUCCACUCUGUUCUCAGAGGACAGCAGGGACACCUCUUGAGAUGGAACCCAGCUUACAUUUUGUUAUUUAUAUUUUUAUAAAUUGUGUGAAUUAGAGGUAAGAAUAACAAAUAAUUCUAAAUGGGUGCAUCUCACCACUCCCCAGAGGCUUUAGCUCCCCCCAUGGAAGGUGCUAGAUCUGGACAUGCAGGAAAGAAAGCCCCCCAUCCCCCUGAGUUAACCUUUCCAACUCCAGCUGACCCCUCGUUAAGUAAUCUCUGCCAAGUCCAUGGCCACAAGAAGUGAUCGCUCCAGCCACCAAACUCCCACCCCUGCAGUUCUCCAGAAACACAGCUGAGCCCAUUAGACACAUCCACCCAGGUACCUGCAAUCACAGCAUAAUCUGAAUAUUCACAAGAGGGGGCGCCCGAGGGGCAGUGAGAGAAGAAGCCUGAGCCGGGAGGCCGGCUCUUCUGCAGCAAGAAUAGUAAGAGGGGGGAAAAAAUGCCCUUCACUCCUAUGAAAGAAUCAUUGUAUUUUUUAUUCCUUUGCAACUUAAAUGACUACCUAUGUAGUUGUCUUUAAGUUUCACCAUUUCUGCUCCAUGUGAUUUUUUUUAAUAUAGAUGUGUAUAUAUUCUUAAACUGCUCUAUCAGUUUGACUUUCCAGGGUAUCCUUAAAACAAACAAAAAGAA